AUGAUCGAUGGUCGUCCAUGUGUAUUGGGAUCAGCUUCCGCGGUUUAUCUUUUCAUUUCACCUUUAUAAGUGAUUUUCUGGUUUUGCGAUUAGAAAGACUCGAGCCUAGAUUUAAGUUUCAGUGGGCAUCGCGCCCGAAGAAAAGAAGAGGCCCGGCAAACUGCCAUAGAAGAGGGCUGCAACAAAUGGCUUAUCAUCCUCUGGAUGGGAAAUCCAUCUAAAGCAUGGGAAGCCAUUCUUGUUAUUAUUUUGUCACUAUGCUCGCUUUUAGAAUUUGUAGCAUGUAGUAGUAGUAGUAGUAUUUUUUUUUUUUGUGGCCGAUUUACCAUCAUAACAUUGGGCAAGUCCCAAGAGAAAUCUCAUCCCGAAGGACGGUAUCCUUGCUCUUUAUACCGGGAUUCUUAA